AUGUCAUUGAGAAACGCAAAACCAAUUUCUCAGAUCGCGAUCAUCGGCGUUGGUCAGGUAGGCGCCGCCGCCGCUUACGCGCUUAUCCUUCAAUCGGUUGCUAGUGAACUACUCUUGGUAGAUGUCAAAAUGGAUCUGAGAGACAGCCAGGCUCGCGACCUUUCUGAUGUGUGCUAUAGCUGCAACAGCGAAACACGCGUGCGAGCGGCUACCCACCAGGAAGCAAGUCAGAGCGAUAUUGUGGUUGUCACGGUCGGGUCAAAAUUCUCCACAGGUGAAACUAGCGUUCAAUACAUGUACCAGAAGAUCUCGAUUAUUCGAAGCGUUGUCAACACGAUGAAGCCAUUCAAAUCUGACGCCAUUCUUCUCCUGGUUGCAAAUCCCGUCGACCUCCUCACUUCCAUUGCUCAGGAACUGUCUGGUCUGCCAAGAUGUCAGGUGUUGGGCUCAGGAACCUUCCUCGAUUCGGUACGAAUUCGCGGACUUUUAGCCGAAAAAACUGGGGUCGCGGCGAACUCGAUUGAUCUCUAUGUAGUGGGAGUACAUGGAGAUUCGCAGGUUGUGCCGUGGUCGGAUGCAAUAAUUGGUGGUGUCCCCAUCCAGAAAUUGAUCCCGCUCAACACUUUAGACUACGACAAACUUAUUGGUGAGUGCAAAAGUAGGACCCAGAAAAUUAUUCAUGCGAAGGGGACGACACCUUUUGGAAUUGGAUCUGUCAUUUCCAAUAUUGCCUCCUCUAUCCUGUCUGACAAACGAAACAUUUGUCCCAUCAGCCAUUUUCAGCCUGAAUGGGGAUGUUGUUUCAGCUUGCCUGUGGUUCUCGGGAGAGCGGGAAUCAUCAAGACAAUGCAGAUGCCGAUGAAUAGCGGCGAGAGGGCUGCUUUAGAAGAGUCGGUUAAGGCCCUUAAAGGCACGAUGGAGAAGAUCCACGAGGAUCAUUAA